UAUAAACAAUCUAGUUUAUGCAUCAUUACAUCCAAACCAAAACGCACAAUUCUUUUCGGCUAUAAAAUUUCUAUAUAGAUCACUAAAGACAGAAGGCGGCACUGAGCACAGCUCAGACUACUUUAAUUCCUUUUAGCUAUAUAUAUAUAUAUUUAUAUAUUGUAUUUUAUGUCCAAGAAUCGAUCAUGUUUAGCAUAUCAGAGAAGAGCAUCGGCACUACCGAAUCGAGAUUUAAUGUUAAUCGAUCGCAAUCGCAUGUGCCCGCCUCCGGUGCAGAGGGGGAGACUUUUGAAUUGGAUAUAUUAGGUAUUUCGCAGAAGUAUCAUUUGGAUGAAUAUUUGCAGCUGAACGAUGAGGAGCGAAAGGCAAAAUUAAAUCUCUUCGAUUCGUUGGAUAUGUUGCGAACAGUUGAGGAGGUCCAAAAGGAGUUGGCCAUAUAUAAGCUCGAGAACUAUAUAAUGGUUGACUUUCUGGAGAAGAAUGACCCGAAACUUUUAGUUGGAUUGCGUCAGCGUCGCACUUCGAUUGUCAGACGCAUGCAGUCCAAAAGUCGGCAACAGGAUAACCUGCAACAAUCGAGUCGUCAUUCUAGCUCCAAACGUUCCAUUACCAUGUCCAUACACAUGGGUGCAAUGAGCCAAAUGGGCGAGCGACGCAAACAGGUUGAUCACAAAUUGAAUUUUAAGGCCAAAGCCGAACUGGCCGAGAAAGCGGCAGCUGAAGUGGAGAAGCGAGUGAUUGAUAUUGAAAAGAAUGCUAUGGUUGAGGUGAAGCAGUUGCGUGCUAAAAUCGAGGAGCUGCAUUAUCGCAGCGAGGAGACCAUUGAGACGGAAAAGAACUUUAUGCUACACUUUUUGCGCGACAGUAAUGAUAUUGCCUUUUUGGAGAGCGCUACGGAGCGUCAGGUCGAGCGCAAACUGCGUAAAUUUACGGCCAAUUGGUUCAAGAACGCGCGCGCGUUGCUGGGCACGAUGCGUUUGACAAUAGUCUCGUUGCAGGAGACCUGUCAACAGCAUCGUGCUGAUCUGAUAACCAAAGCUGAUUUGAGUGGCAUUUUGACGGCUGUUGAUUUCGAGAAGUUGAUUAUCAAACGCACCGAAUUGACCAACGAGCUGGAGGAGAAGAAUAUCCAUAUGUCGGGACUGAAGGGUGUUACGGGCAAAACGUCGCUGGCCAUGACAGAGGAGAAGCAGGCCAUGAUGAAUCUGGAGACGGAAAUGCGCUAUGUCCUCAAUCGUACCGAGGAAAUAACACGCACCAUAGCCAAAUUGGAGAAGGAGGUCGCAGCAGUGGAGGUAAACAAUGAAAAGGAUUAUGUAAUAUUGAAUGAGCUGCGUGCCCAGCUGGAAGAAUACGAAGCUCCAAGUAUUACCGAGUAUAUUGAGAAGAAGGAGGAGGCUCUAUCUUUGGAGAAGGAAGAAAAGAUGCUGCAGCGCAAGAUCUAUAUACUUAAUAUGAAACUUAAUAAUGUGAUAAGACGUUGUAGGAAUCGUGAUGGCAUAUAAAAUAUAAGAACUUACCCAAA